AUGAUGGCUACUCCAUAUCCCGCUCAAGCUGGCAUGGGUCCUGGGCACCCGGGCAUGGCGCAUGGUCAUCCUAUGCAGGUCCAACACGGAGCACAUAUGGGCCAGCCAAAUCCUGCCAUGAUGGCUGCCAUGCAUCCUGCUAUGUCCGGGCCUCAAGUCACCCAAGGUGGUCCUAUGGCCUCUGGCAUGCCAACCAAUCCAGGUACUCCUGCACCUGGUGGCCCUAUGCAAAAUGCUAUGGCGAUGGCACACCUGAGUGGUCAAGGGCCCAUCUUUCAAAAUCAGCACCCAGGCAUGGGUGUAAAUCAGAUGCAACAGAUGAACGCUAACAUGAUCGCUCGACAACGCGCCAUCAACAUGAUGGCUUCGCAGAACGGUCAGCAUGGUAUGAUGCAUAUGCAAAACAUGCAGAACAUGCAGAACAUUCCUAUAAAUCCCGCUCAGAUGCAUCAAAUGAAGGCCAUGAACAUGCCUAUGCAACAGAUGCAGCAAAUGCAGCACAUGACCCCACAGCAGCAACAGAGUUUCAUUCAACAGCAACAACAAUAUCAGACCCAGCAGCGUAUGCUGGCACAACAUGCCGCUAAUCAGCAACAAAUGAUGAGUCGACAGGCUCAGGCACAACAGCAGCAGCAACAACAGCAACAAGCGCAAGCCAGUCAACAGAUGCAAAUGAGCAGAUCUCAGGAACCAGUAACACAACCACCGCAACCUCAACCAACACCAGCACCACAAGCUCAGGUCCAGCCACAAGCCCAAUCUCAACCAGCUCCUCAAGCACAACAGCAAACACCACAACAGAAGCCACAGCAACCACCACCUCCGACUACGCAGCCACAGCAGCAAAACGUAACCACGCCACAGAUCAAGCAGGGUGAUCCUGACGAUGAAGUGCAGACGAAAGCAGAAAUCAACAAGCAGCAAAUUCUACUAGAUGAAUCUUUGAGAGGCCAAACUCAAGACUUCAGUGGUCAGUGUAUUCUGCAACUCUUGUCAUACUACGAUAGUCUUGCCUGUCCGCAAAGGCCUUAUGAUCUCGACUAUUGGCAAGAAGUAAUGGCGAAGUACUACUCUCCCCUGGGCUCCGUCCGUCAGCAACUUUACAACGCCAAAACGCAUAGCGACAAAUCCUUUCAGCUGAGGUACCCUUCCUUGGCUCGUUUCUACCAUUCACAUUUCAGACAUGGCAUCAAGAAGAUCUUCAUGCAGUCGUUCGAGCACUCGCAAGGGGCGUUGCCAAAUGGCGGCUUUCACGUAUGGAGCAAGAAGCUAUAUGUCACCUACGAAUAUGAUGACGGUGUGAGGAUUAUGACCCACGGCGAACUGAACGUGAAUUUUGACGAGAUGCAAAAAAUUGAGCACUUGCAUGUAGCAGUCAAAGGCUGGACAGAAUUCGUACCACGAGCGAUGUUGGAGCCACAAUCACCUGAACAAAGUCGACAAAGUCCAAAAUUGAGCAAGAAGAACUUGCCAAAAGCCCAGCCGCGGCCAAUGCUGCGACGAUCUCCUGUCAACGAAUGGGGUGUUCCACCCAACAUGUUACAAUUUUUAGAGAUCGCCGAAGUCAUGACCACCAUGGAACCACUCAUGGAAUACUACUGUACUCAUGCAGUUGGUGGACCCAGAGAAGCGUUCAACAGGUUGUCUGCUGAAAGACAGGAGUACCAAACGAGACUCCAGAAUGCAAACGCUGCCGCUGCGAACGGACAGAUACCGUUCCCGAACCAGCGAAUGGUGGCCAUGAACCCACCAAAUCAGUUCCAAUCACCUGCUCUAGCGCAUCUUCAUCUGCCUCAGAACCAGCAUUCGCCGACCAUGAAUCAUACACCUAGCCCUGGACACCCAAGUCAAGGCGGCAUCCAGAUGGUUCACCAGAUGUCCGCUCAAGGCUCAAAUCUUAGCGGUAGUCAAGGACCAAGCACUAAUACCAGUCCGAAUGUGACUAGUAAGAGGCGAAGGGCCAGCAAUAUCAAAGAAGAAGAGACUGCCGCAGCUGUGGCGGCAGGGAACGAAAAGACGAAGCCCAGUCCACGUGUCAACGCGAAGCGGCAGAAAGGAGCACCGGCCUAG